UACAUCCUUUGUCUUCUCUCUCCAGAAAAUUUGUGCCAACACAAUUAACAAAACUUUCUUGUGUUCUCCAUCUUUAAUGUACUCUUAAUUUAACUAUCAAAUUUCAAUAAACUUUCAAUCUUUCAACGUUUUUCUAAAUACCCUUUAUGUGUUUCAAUCAUUUAAAACAGUAAGAGUGAAAAUUAAGUUCCAUUAAUGGAAGAUCGAUCUGAGCUAAAAUGGCAAGGAUGGGAAAUGGGUUUACCAUCACCUGAAGAUCUAAUUCCAUCAUCACAGUCUUUGAUCUCUCCUGAAUUAGCUUUAGCAUUUGGUAUAAGCCAAGAAAAAAUUUUUCAUUCUGGAAUUGAUCUCAAUCAUGUUAUGCAUGAUGACUGUUCGACGAUAUUCCCCAGAGAAGAAACUUUUGAUUCUUUGAAUUUGAGAUUGUUUCCUGGUAGAAGUGAUUCCAGUAAGUUGAGAAGGGGUGAUUUUUUUUCAUCUGAUGAGACAAAUUCAAGCUCUAAAGAUGAAAAUGGUGAUGAUAAUGUUGUUAAUCGGGCUGUAAAAAAACCCAGAUUAGUUUGGUCAACUAAACUUCACAAGAAAUUUGUUGAUGUAAUUGGGGUUUUGGGGAUUGAUAAAGCUGUUCCUAAAACAAUCAUGGAGUCUAUGGAUGUGGAAGGACUGACUAGAGAAAAUGUUGCUAGUCAUUUACAGAAGUAUAGAUUACAUUUGAAGAAAAAGAAUGAUGGGGUUUCAAAUGAAGGUCAUACAAUGUCGAAACAAGACUCGAAUUUGCUGGAAUGUGAUGGGUUCGGAGCCUUGGAAAAGCAGCAUCAAAUGCCACACCAAGAGCAGUCAGAACAACAGUCAAUGCAUUGUAAUGCACUGUCUUUGAUGCCAAUGUCAAAGCCAAUGCCAAUGGUGCCGGUUGGUUAUGGUUAUGGUUAUGGACAAUUGGGAUUGCCUGGGUCUAGUUCUGCUGCUCAUGGGUAUUGUGGACUUGAAUCUGGGGCUUACAGCAUGUUCUGGAAUCAACAGAGAGGUUGAUUCUUCCGUUUCCUUUUUUCUUUUCUUGAUUAAGUGUGAUGACCGCAUCCUUCUUUAUGUGCAUGCAUUGUCGCCUCCCUUUCCUCCACAGAUCUGAUUAUAGUUUUCUAUAAGAGGGAUAUACCGGGUCUGAUGACGAUGAUUAAGGGUGAUGGGUUAUAGGCACUAGGAUUAGUUCAUGUUAUUCCUAUUUAAUAGUGUUAAUCCUAUCAGAUAAAUAUGACAUGUUGCUUUUUAAUUACUCAGAAGGAGAUAUUGUCUCAUUUGCUAAGAUGUUCUAUAUUGCUUUCAUUUUGUGAUAACUUUUUAUUACAAAAUGGGGGACAAAUAGAGUAUUUAGUUUAGCCUUAGUUUCACUAAGCUAUUUUUUGAGACACGGUCUCUCUUUAAAAUAAAGAGUAAAUUCUAAUAAUUUACUAUUUUAUCCAUGCAUGGUUCGCAUUCCAUCGUGAAACUGUGUCAUACAAGAGUUUAUAAAUUUAUUUGCACUAUAAUGUUGUAUUAUCACGAGUGCUAAGGAGUAGAUUGGAUAUUUAGAUGGAUGGUUGCUCUGUGGUUGGUGUAGCUAAUCAGUUUAUUGUUUCUUUUUAUUAGUAAUGUAAUUCUUUUAAAAGCUUAUGAUUUUUCUAGUUGAAUAGAGCCUUUAUCAUUGUAGAAAUGUAUAUAUAGUUGUUAACAAAGACAGGACACUCAAAGGUAAUGCAACUAUUUUUUUAACCAGUUUGUACCAUUUUUCCUUUCUUUUAUUCUUGUUGUGUUGUUUGGUACGAGGCUAAAGACUCAUAGUUAUUUGAUUUUCAAUUAUAGUUGACUAUGUUAAAAUGACUUAUCCAAUUAUAUGUACUCCUUAUCCAUGUGACGUUGCAUUUGAUAAAUCGAAAACAAUCUCUUUAUUAUCAUUAACAGGUUAUAAGGUAAAGUUCUACCUCGGAUCUCUCAAACUCUAUAGGUAGGAGUAAUUUAAUGACAUCGGGGUGACGAAAAAAAUAUCAUGAUUAAGAAUUUUAAUAAUUGAGGUGUAUCAUAUGAAGUAUCAUUUUGUGGCCUAAUGAGUUUGCUCUCUAGCUAGUAAGAAAGAGUAGAUUUGAUAGCCUUUCGCUAAUUUCUUCUACAGUUGCUCUUAGUGUGUUGUCUAUGAACUGGCUUUUGUGAACUGGCUGUUGAUAUUCUGUGUCUUCCAUGUUUUUUUCAUCUAUUUGUCUUUUGGCCGUAUUUCCUCAAUGUCUCAUAUACUGGGUUGUUAUGUGUUCUCUACUUCCAUUUGCCACAAUGCUAUUCCCCGCGUGCUAAAGAGGAGUCUUGAGUCUUGACGCACUGGUUUAGGUGUCGCUGUGUGACUGAAAGGUCAUUGACCCUCGUUCUGCGGGGAUGAUUGGUGAGCUGGGUUGCACUUUCUUUAUUCACUCCGUGCACAUGCAUCGAUUUGUUUUGGUUUGUUUAGUCGAUGCUAGCAACAGUUAAGAUAAAGCGUUGAUGCCUUGGGGUUCCCAAAUUGUAUUCAUUCUCCAGGUUGAAUUGAUGCACAAAAAAGUAUAAUCAGGCCUCUGGGUUGGUAUUUGAUGCAACAAAUUGUGUCUCUUUGCUGCAAGUUGUGCCUUUGUGCUGCCAGUUGUGCCAAAUUGCCAUAUUUGCUAUUUAUCCCAUCUUUCAAACCAAUUGAUGUAAUCUAAAGUUGUUAUAUUCUGGCAUCAGAAUGAAGAAUUGCAUAAAAAAUCAUUUGGAAAUUAUCUCGAUUAUAACGGGCAUGUUUAAUGACUCUUUCU